AUGGCGGGCGGGGAUAAUGGAGAGGCGCGCUCGUGGCGGCGCUCAAAGACUUUGAUUAUUUUUACGGCGACGCUUGGGCUCUUUACCGAAAACUUCCUCUACGGCUUCGUGGUCCCAAUUCUCCCCUACAUGAUCGAGAAACGACUCAACCUAGACCCGGCAUACACCCAGCGCUUCACAACAGAGCUGCUCUUCAUCCUGGGCCUCGUCUCCGUCCCUGCCGCGCCCAUCAUUGGCCAUUUCGCCGAUAAGACGACGAGCCGGAAAAUUCCCCUCUUGAUCUCGCUUGUAGGAUGCACCAUUGGCACGCUUUUGGUCGCGUCGACGCCUUCAGUAUGGGCCGUAUACUUAGGACGCAUCCUCCAAGGCAUCUCCGGCGUAGGAGCCUGGAUCGUGGGGUUUGCCAUGCUGACCGAUGCCGCCGGGCCCAAGCAUCUAGGAAAAGCCCUGGGCUUCUCCGGGUCCUUCAUCACCGCCGGCGUUUUGACCGGGCCCGUCAUCGCGGGUGCCUUUCUGCAGUGGUUUGGGUACUGGGCUGCGUGGUCGGUGCCGUUGAUCUUCAUUGCCAUCUGCUUUGUUGCGCGACUAGCCAUCGUGGAAGAUAGACGGCCAGCUCAGACGAAGGUGUCGACGACCGCAGCCCUCGACCGUGACGAGUCUUCCCCGCUCCUGUCGUCAGAUGCUUACAGAAACGAGAGAGAGGUGGUUGCCCCGGAAGAAGCGAAAACGCAACACUCUCGUGGCUUCUACAGCAUCAUGUUCAGCCAAGGAAGCACCUACGCCGCCCUCUUCAACGUCGCCGCCUUCUCAUUAGUUAUAUCCGGCUUCGACACCACGCUCCCCGUGCACCUACGCGAAGAGUUCGGCUGGCGUUCCGCGCCAAUAGGCCUCAUCUUCCUCGGCAUCCAGAUCCCCAGCAUGUUCCUCGCACCCUUCGUAGGCUGGCUGCGCGACCGCGUGGGGCUCCGCUGGCCGACGACGAUAGGGUGGGCGGUGAGCACGCCCUUGUUCUGGUUCCUUGUUGUGCCGGGCAAGGACAAUUUCUUGGGCGUUGGGGAUGGAGCUAGAGGACAGGCUGCGUUUGCGGUGACUAUGGUUGGGAUCGGGCUUGCGUGGUCGUUUGCUAGGGGGGCGGGAACGUUUCAGUUGACUAUGAUCAUGCACGAACUGAAAGCUAAGGACCCCAAUGUAUUCGGGCCUGGAGGCGGUAGUUCCCGGACGUUCUCGAUGACGGAGACGUCUUUCGCUAUUGGGCUUGUGCUUGGGCCUCUCCUUACCGGCGCGUUGGCAGAUGUAGUUGGAUUUUACUAUGCCACUUGUGCACUUGCAUGCGUGUCGGCCUUGGUUUCGAUAAACUCGUGGAUAUACUUCACGCACAAGGCGCCGGUGCGAGAGCCGCUGGCAGACGAAGAAGCAUGA